CAAUUCAAUUCUGAAAAACAGACAUAAAUUUUUACACUUCGCUCUCUCUCUCUCUCUAAACUCUUAUUGGUUUCAUUCGUCUCUUCAAUCUCUCCCUCUCUCUCUAAACGCUUUCAUGGCUUCUUCUCACCACCCCGCUGCCACCGGCAGCACCGCCACCUUCCACCACACGCCACCCCUCUACGGAUCCGACCCGACCACACCCAACACCACCUUCGUCCAAGCCGACCCGUCCACCUUCCGCACCGUAGUCCAAAAGCUCACCGGAGCUUCCGACGACCCCUCCUCUCCAAAGCUCCCACUCACCCUCCCUUCCCGCCUCGCCGCCGCAGAUGUCGGGCCCAAGAAGCCGGCCUUCAAGCUCCACGAGCGCCGCCACGCCGCCAGGAAGAUGGACCUCAGCAUCGGAGUCUCCCAACGGCCAGUCUUCAGCCUCACCAUCCCGAGCCCGUCUCCGUCGCCGCCGCCGCCUUCUUCCUGUCAUGCUCGAACCAGAGGAUCGGCGAUGGUGAUGGCGUCGCCGGUGUCGCCGCUGGAGAUGUUGGAAGAACGAGCCAUUGCCGAGAAGGGCUUCUUCUUACACCCAAGUCCGUUGAGCACGCCUCGAGGUUCUCAGCCGCCGGAGCUAUUGCCUCUGUUUCCUCUGCAUUCUCCUUCGCACCAUAACGAACCCACAACGUCCUAGCUCUUUGCCUCUUCACCAUCCUUCUACUUCCCACGGACCUGCGUGUAUUGUACGGACACUGAAAUGCUUUCAGUAGUUUUUUAAUUAAUUAAUUAAUUUACGAUUAUUAUAAUAAUUAUUAUUAGUAUUGUCAUUGUGGUUUAUUAUUAUUAUUAUUAGUAUUAUCA